UUUGUCAACAUUUUUUAUGUUAAUUACCUUCUAUUUUGGGAACUUGCAGUAUCAAUUGAGGUUAAUUGAUUACAAGUGGUACUGAGUAUUGUAUAGGGGGAGGUAUGGAUGUUAUUUGUGUUGAUUUUGUUUUUGUUCUUUUUUGUUAUGUCUAGCAUAUAGGACAGAUUAAUUCAAAUAAAUGUUAUUUAAUUAUGGAAUAGAAAUUUCUAAUGAUUUCAUGUUCUUACAUCUGAUCCAGGUGUCUAUAAUGCAUACAACUUUUAUAUAAUGUUUAGAUAUAACAAACAUAUACAUGGUGUUGUUUUUGUCAUUGUAUAAUAGAAGAAUUUAUAAAAUCAUAUCAUUUAACAAGAGGUUAAAUAUUCAUUGUUUCCCAGCAUGCAGUUUUAAUCCAGUGUUAUGCUUGAAUUAUUCUUAAUGAUUCACACAGAACAUUAGAAGUAUCUCUCAGGGAUAUGAAAAUAGAUUCUCAUAAUGCCUAGAAAAAUUGAAAUGAUGAGUUUCACAUACAGAUUUAUUUUACUAUGUAAAUGUCAAAGGUAAGAGCUGGAUACUGUGUUAGGAUACAAGAUGGCCGUUAUGUAUACAAAGACAGGAUAGCUGUUGGCAGAAAAAAAAAAGAAUAAAAAAAGAAAUCGUUGUUGUUAUAAUCAUUCAACCUAAAAAAAGUCAUUAAGGUAUCAUGGAAAGUACAUUUGUAGAACUGUUUAGACUGAAAGAAUUUAUAUAUUUUUUCAUAUCUUGUUAGUUUGUAUUAAUUCUGAAAAUUUGAAGCAGUUAGGCGAUAAAGAGCAUUUAAUCCCUAAAAUGUUUGAUGUGAUAAAAAUGAAAAUUGCAGUGUAAUGAUGUUCCUCUAAAUUUCUGUUCUUAACCAGAUCCAUUUACACAAAACUAUCAACUACUGUUUCUUAGUCAUUUGCUGUACAUAUAUGAAAGUUAUGGCAUCAAUAAAUUUGUAUUUCAAUGAAAAAUAUUUUGGUAUUUUCUAGUCAGUAAUCUCCCAUAUGUAAAUGUGUUAUGCGAUGGUUUUUAGUAAUCUGAUCAGAGUCAAGUACUAUAAAUAUUAAAUGAUGUUAUGAUUUCAUAUGUUCAAUAAGAAAUAUACAUUUGUUAGUUUUUGUUGUAACAAUGAUUUUUAAACUUUAUUUUACAUGUGUUAUGCAACUGUUACACUGUUUCUAUGUUCUGAAGUUAAUAGCAACUGGUUUAGAAUUGUAAUGAGAUAUUCGCUGUAUUAUAUAUAAUAAUUUUUUAAUGUAUUGAGCUAAUGAAAAGUUUCUUUUUAGUCAGAUUUGUUAUUUAAACUUUGUAUUGAAAGUACAUAUAUGGUAUGUUGCCUCAAUUAUGUUCAAGACGGACAAAAAUUUCUUUUCUAUGUUAAAACAGAGAUAUACAAACAAGCAUGUCUUCAUGUAACAUGGAGUGUUUGCUUAGUUUUGUAGUAACCUUGUGAUACACAAAACACUAAAACCUUCUCCUUUCCCGGUGUUGCUUUCAUGUGUUCUCCCUCGGUUGGUGUUUUCUUAAGUCUUGUUAUUGUUAGUAAAACCCAUCAAAGUGUGCAAACAUAAAUACAACUGACCCAUAAUUACAGUCUCACUUAAACCACUUUUUCUGAUUAGCUAAAAAUCCUAGAAUUCUGAUAUAUUAUGGAUAGGUUCCUUGGAUAUAGCCCAACAUGUAUGUGAGAAGAAAAUGAACAUGAACUUUUACUCUGUCACAUGGGUCAAAUUUAUUUAAGUACUCCAUCAUGUUCUUCUGAUUGAUAAAAAGGAAAAAAGCCUUGACCCAUAUUCAAGGUCAAAACAAUCAAAUUUGUCUUCUUGUAAAGACCUAUAAGUCAAAAAUAAGUAUUAAUUUUAAGCCAUGCAUGUUAAAAGGUGGCUAGUUUUUAAGGUUGAUUAAGUAAAUUGAAUUUAGACCUAUUCUAUGUACAGGUAUUAAUGAAAAGAAUGGAAAAACCAGACUAUGAACACGACACUCGAUGGAAGUUCUAAGUAUGGAAAAUCCACAUAUAAAUACAAUUAGUUUGGUGCUCGUGUGCAUGAUGGCAUUGAACACGCACGUGCUUGGUCAAGACAAUAACUGGCCCGUUCACGAGUUCAGAGGAGCAUGGAUAGCAACCGUAGCUAAUAUUGACUGGCCUUCAACGUCUCAUCUUUCAACAAGUCAGCAAAAACAGGAACUCGUAACAAUGUUUGACAAAUUGCAAGAAUUGAACUUUAAUGCUGUCAUUUUGCAGAUACGAACAUCGGGUGAUGCACUAUACAGUUCUCAGUUAGAACCAUGGAGUGCAUAUCUUACUGGCAAGCAGGGUGUGCCUCCAAGUCCUCUGUAUGAUCCGCUUGCAUUCGCUAUUGCCGAAGCCCACGAUAGAAAUAUGCAGUUACAUGCAUGGUUUAAUCCUUACAGAGCACGUGCCGGAAGUACCAAAAAGACAGAUUUGGCGCCAAAUCAUAUAUCCCAUCGUUUCAGCAGUGCAUGCCAUGUUUAUGGAAAAGACCUGUGGAUGGAUCCCGGCGACCCUGACGUACAGAACUUUACAUUCAAUAUAUUCAUGGACGUUUUAGAACGUUACGAUGUGGAUGGCAUACAUAUGGACGACUACUUUUAUCCAUAUCCCGUUGGAGGCCAAGACUUCCCAGACGUCGAGACAUAUCGUCUUCACGGGGGGAAUAUGUCACUUGCCGAUUGGAGAAGAGAUAAUAUCAACAAGCUUGUUAGAAACAUCUCGACAGGUAUCAAAUCUAGAAAACCAUUUGUCGCGUUUGGGAUUAGCCCUUUCGGAAUUUGGAAACCAGGCCACCCCAAUCAUGUAGUGGGUUUAAACGCAUAUGAAGAAAUUUAUGCAGAUUCGCGAAAAUGGCUAGAAAACGGUUGGGUUGAUUAUUUUACUCCACAGCUGUACUGGCGGAUAGAUCCUCCAGCUCAGAGCUACACAGCCCUCCUGGAUUGGUGGACUCAGCAGAACCCACAACAAAGACAUAUUUAUACCGGCAAUUACGCUGCAGCCAUUGUGGUUAAGUCGUGGCCUAUUACUGAGAUAGAAAGACAAGUCAUAGAAUCUCGGGAUCGAAAAUCAAAGCUUAGCCUUGGCAAUAUAUUUUUCAGUGCAAAAUAUUUCAUACGAAAUACAGAUGGGAUAAGCGACAUGUUUAAAUUACACAUAUACAAUUCCCCUGCCAUUGUGCCGGAAAUGGCGUGGCUAAAUAAAACUUGGACACUGCCAACACCAAGGAAUGUUUUGGUGAAUGGAACGUCUAUCACGUGGAAGGCGGACAGUUCUCCAGCAAUUCGAUCCUGGGCCGUAUAUAAGGCAUACGCGGACGGUUGGCUUCUGGUAAAGUUGUUAAGUAGGCACUCUAAUUCAGCAGAACGCUUGGAGAAAGGGACAUAUGCCUUGCGUACUGUAGAUAGACUGGGUGGGCAAAGUACGGCGGUUAAAAUCAUCAUAGGGGAAGCGGUUGUGGUAGGAUAAACAUCGAUAUUCGUAAUAAAACAGUUAGAUGCUGUACUAUUGUUAUUUCUGUAUAAAUCUGCUUUGGCAACUGCCUGGACACAUUCCAACGGUGGUACCGUUUGUACUGUGAACAUAUUAACUAUUCCUUUGACAGUACGUUUCUAAUAACGUAUCAUGAGUGGGCACACUACAGCUUGAAGUAAACUUUUGAUUUAUUUAUGUGUGACCAAUUAUUGAAAAUUUUGUGUAACUUUGUUUGAUAAACUAAGUUGAAUUAAUAAAAGAAUUAAACUGGAAAA